CGGACAACGAGUCUGCAACGAAAAUCCGCAACGCACAACAGGAGAUUCUCAGCUUCCACCACCCCCAAUGUGCAUGUGAAGGACCUAUCUUCAACCAAGAGGCAAUAAUGUCCAAAUCUAUAGCUUGUCACGUCCGUUUGAGACCAUCGAAACCGUCAGAUGGCAAGGUCAACGAGCAAGGCAUCGUUAUCAAUGGGAACAAGAUAUCAGCUCUGAACGUUCAAGGGGACAAGCGAUAUCAUUUCGAAUUUGAGAAAUGUCACAAUGAAAGAAGCACACAGGAGGAGGUUUUUGAGCAUGUAAAGCCAUUGCUCGAUCAGGCUUGGAAAGGGAUUAAUACUACCAUUUUUGCGUAUGGGGUUACAGGAGCCGGUAAAACACAUACCAUGCAAGGAACCAAGGAAGAACCUGGGCUCAUCCCCAGAGCGGUCAAUGUCAUUCUACAGAGACGUGCUCUUUCUCCUUCAUUGAUAAAUGUCUCCAUGUCAUAUGUUGAGAUACUUAAGGAUGAAGUAUAUGAUCUACUGGGUUCUCGUGCCGAACCAAGAAAGAGGGAAAUCCGUAUGAGCGCAGGAGGACACAACGUUAUUGCGGAUUUGAUCCACCAGCCAAUCUCAUCCUGGGAGGAAUUUGAGACUAUAUAUGACACUGCCUCGAAAACACGUAAAACUGCCUCCACAAAGCUAAAUUCCAGUUCUUCAAGAUCGCAUGCUAUUCUUACCAUCCAUCUCGAGAUGUUGGGAUCUUCAGACAAAGUAAAUUAUGGGAAAAUCUGCUUCACCGACCUGGCGGGAUCGGAGAACAACAACCUCACAGGAAAUGAUCGAGAGCGCAUGCGAGAAAGCUCUGCUAUCAACACUUCCUUGACUACAUUGGGCAAAGUCGUUGACGCUCUGAACGUUAUCGCCCAGAGGGGCGGUGAUGGGACAGGUGUAUUCGUGCCUUAUCGGGAAUCAAAGUUGACCCGGCUUCUACAAGGUGCUCUCGGAGGGUCUUCCCUUAGUCUUCUGAUUUGUUGUUUGGCUCCAGGGGAGAAAUUUGCCAGAGACACAAUCAAUACUCUUCAGUUUGGGAAGAAAUCGAAAACAGUAGAGAAUAGACUUAAUAACGACAGAACAGAUUUUCGCCGUCUUUCUCAGCUCCCUCCACCAGCCAAUUUCAAGACAAUCAAUCCACAAGCGCCUUUCAAAAUCCAUGCGGAGGGUUGUCCCCCCCUCUCCAGGCCAUCUCUAGGAAGGCCUGCUUUGGCGCCUUUAGCUCCUAACACAUGUCACCUAAGGCAGCGUUCGAAGACAGGCUUUGCCACUGAAGGAAAAAGUGACCAGAAAGAGAAAGUGGCAGUGGCGCUCACGGAGGAGCAAUUGGAGAAAAGAAUUCAAAUGAUUGUGUCCCAAGAGAUGGCCCACGAGCGAGAGAAAGAGCGACAGCUUCAAGGCCAAUCACCUCAGCAGCCUAUUCCUCAAGUGGGGCCAUCAUCAAAUAUUGACAUCACGUCUAGACCUCACAACCGAGAAGCCGCGUCAUUGAGUGAAGAAGAGAAAGACAACAGGGCCAAAGCAAUCGUUAAGCAUGCCAGAUGUGUACACCAAUCAGGGGAUCUGGUUAAUGCCCUAGAUUUGUAUAAAAAAGCCUACGAAUACGCACCCCAGAACCAGAAACUCGCCAUGAGGAUCACCGAAUUGCAGCUGGCCAUUGAAGGGAUUCUUCCUCCCCCCCGACUCUCCGGCCGUUCAGGUCACGAGAAUCGACAUCUUCCCUCCGCAUCUCAUUUAAAGCGAUCAAGAGCGCCGCACGGGUCAAUGUCGUUGGCAGAGCUUUCUUGGGAAGGCGAUGAAGAUACCCAUGCGGACUCCAAAAAGAGACCAAGGACUGAGAUAGAUAACCACACCUUGAAUUGAAACAUAAUAAUACACCCAUUAUUCUGCGUGUAUUAAGCAGGGUGUAUCUAUCAGUAAUGCCCUCGAGGAUUAGAAGGCGUUGUUGCCUCAUGUUCAACGCCUAUUUUCGAUUGGUUCAAUAUAUCUGCUGGGUCAGGUAUCAUUCGCAAUUCCUCUUUUAACUCUUAUGUAAUGUAGUCGACUGUGUGUCAUAUUUGAAUCCUAUAUAUGGAUAGUGCUGAUUAGCUUUUUCACAUGUUCUUGACCUGUUGAUGGAUAUUUCUUGCCUCCUUCGUGCAGGGCUUGUUGCUGGGUGAUUUGUUUCCAAGUUUCCAAAAAUCCAAGGAAACAGCUGAGCGAGUAACUCGAGUAGUAUAGUGUCAAGGUCCGGACCUUCUUGCGGAGGAGGCGUCAGGGAAAACGGAAGGAGGUACGAGCGUAGGAUGUAGGGAAAGCGUCGUGAAAAGGGCUAAUCAGCUCGCAGAGCUAGAAAACAUAUAAAAGGCGUAGCCUUUCGAGUAGAAAAAUGCAUAGGCCCCAAGCAGCUUAGUCUUCUGGAACUCUCUAGUAGCUCGGCCGCCGCACGCAUCGUCUAGUACAUAUAGUGUUUCUAGCAUUACUCUACUGAAUAAAAACGACCGGACCGAGGACACGAAAUUAAAGUAGCAUCAGGUGCUUUCCGACCUCUACAAGGACAGUGCAUCGCUACAAUUCUCAGCUGUUGUGUAGUAAAUAAUCGUGAUCUCCCUCAAAUCUCUGACAGAACGGUAAGAGGCUUUUCCUCACGCACUCUUCGUCCAUUCUUAUUGCCACACGCGACUUUUCACCGUCCUUCCGAGUUUGCGUUGUUUGGACAAAACACUUCUUGUUGCUUGCAGUUAUUAGCUCCACAACUAGGCAAAGGUGAGAUAUUGAGGGAGCAAAUGGCUGUGUUAAGUAUGGGGACCCUUUAAAAUUGGUCUACUGAUAAAAGACCUAUCUCGAUCGACUUGUUUCAAUCAGAGAAAAAAAAACCUUCCUCCUGGUGGCGGCGCAGCACACUAUUACUACUACUUUUCUAGGUCAGACCCAACUAUUAUCACUAUGGGUGGUUGCACAUCUUUCAAACGGAAGUCUAUAUGUGACAGGAGAACGGAAAUCGCUCCAAUAAUACAUCAUCAGCGUCCUAUUAUCCCUCAACAAAACCAUUAUUAUCCUCCAUCAGGUAUAUUCUAUGGCCCAAAAUCACGUUUUGCAACUUACAUCCGCCCUACCCCAUCCAUAUAUCCCCAAUUUCCGCAAUACGGCCAUUCUCUUAACAGAACCAAUGCUUUCCAAGCAAGGCCUUCACAUGGCAAAGGGACGAAAAUUGAACGGAGGCUGAACCGAAACAACGCAGCAGGGUCAGUCCACGCUAUCGAAGAGCGUAGUCCAACGCGUCGGUAUAUUCAGUAUGAGCCCCAGGAAUUGAAAGUCGAUGGAGAACAUACCAGCGCAUUUAGCCAACAUGCCAAAGCGUUCAACUCUUUGUCUGCAAAGAAGCCUGCUUCAAUAGACUGUCUACAAGAUUUUACCUGUUUUAUCGAGAAUAUCUCUAGAGUGGCAAUGGCCCAAGAGGGAGAGUUUAGACCGACUGAUAUGGCCACCGUGGAAGCUACAAUGCUCACUUUAGGAGGAAGUUCGGGCACAAAGAUGGGGAGCGACUCAAGUUUUGCUUCGAAUGAAUCGGAGAAGAUCAUCAAGUCAGUCACUUUUAAUGAUGAGACAGAGGUCUUUUGGCUUGAAAGCAGUCACAUCGACGAGUCUGAAGUAUUUAAUGAUGACCCAGGUCAUUCAUGGGACGAGGGAGAGAAUGAGAGUGGGCCAUGUUGUCUCGAAGAGAAUCAAAAAUUUGGCAUUACUGCCACUCUGGCUUCUUCGCUUGAUUACGAGGAUUUUUGGUUCAUUGUCACUUCACCAUUCGAAACUGGCCCGGAGCAAAGGCCUUCCGGCAUCGAAUUCCAAGCGUCAACGCCAAACUCUUACAGAAUUUCCCGAGCAAUAGCCACCCAAGAUUUCCCCGAAAGACACCUUUCUAGCGACCAGUCAAUGGCUACUGCACUUGACGGAUUCUUGGAUCCCAUUGGACGUCGUCAAGAUAACCUAGACAACGCAGUUUUACCUACUUCUCAUAUUUCGAACCAAGUCUGUGAUCCGAGAGUGUUGGGAAAAAAUCCUACAAGGGGGUCAUCUUUGUAUCCUAAUUUGAGGACCCCUUCCCACUGUCCCAGAUAUGAAGCAAGCCCAUUUUUCGCUGAAUAUCACGAAACGUUUGCCCCCUUCUUGCCCGCUCAUGAAGGGACAGUGGCGCCUGUUAUACAGCAGACGUGGAAUACACAUUCAGUGAAGCAUUGAACAGAUAAGCUGCUUUGGAGAAAAGCUUUUCUUAUGGUUCCAUGCUAGUUCCACUGAUGUUGAUGUGAUUAGGAAAUACAACAUACGUUUUUCUUGAUUCUUGUUGACGACGUUUUGGGAAACGGUAUGCGGUAUGUCAGCGUAAAAAUUCUUUCUAGUUUCUUGAACACUGUCAGUGCCUGUGUAUGGUUCUACCACUUGUACCGUUUGUAUGAUCGCAACAUCAGU